AUGAGCGAGCGCGGGUUGCAAAUUUCGUCUUCUCUUAGCAAGGCUGCUAGACAUCACGAAGUACAAACUGUUCAGAUAUGUCUACUGAAUAAAAGAAGUCUCCCAGAAAAAGAAGUCGGCCAAAAACAGGAGGACCCUGAUGCCCCAAAGAUGUAUUUGUCUGCCUUCAUGUUCUUCGCCAACGAAAACAGAGACCUGUCAUGUCAAAUGACAGCCCGUGGCUCUGAAACACCAACCAGAGAAGCGAAGUGCUGUCGCCAUACCUCUGGCCACUGGUCUGAAUUAUCUCUGUCGUAUAUCUCGCAACCGGAAAUUGAACAUUCUAUGGCUGUAGCGGUAUAUUAUUCUAAAAGCCCAUCUCAGAAGAAUGCAAACAGCUCACAAGAUCGAGCGAGCUUGCAAUGGAAAAUUAUUUCUAUAAGUAAAAUAUGCUUUAAUUGA